CACAACUUCAGAGACUCCUCCCGUUUCUACACAGAAAACAGGAAGAAGUGACGAGAAGUCAGCACCUAAAACGGCUUCGCGGGAAUGUAUUGGAAAACAAAAUAAAGUAAGAUAAUCUAGUAAAUAGGGCUUUUGUUGAUGUGACAGGGAAUUUUGGGUAUGUUUAUUAAAAGCUCCUGGAACCACAAGUACUGAUCCUGAGCUCUGGCUGAGAAAAUAAGAGUGAAUCUGUGAAAGUGAAAGUAAGUCAGCUGUCCGAUCCGAAUGGCGGCCAACGUGUCACCGUCUGAGGAGGACUGCACCUGCCCGGUGUGCUGUGCCAUCUUCAAGGAUCCUCUGGUCUUGUUGUGCGGUCACAGCUUCUGUCAGCACUGUCUUCAGGAGUGGUGGAGACUGAGCGCACUCCAGACAUGCCCGGUCUGUAAGGAAAUAUUUCCAAUGGCUCAGCCUCCACGUAACCUGGCACUGAGAAACCUGUCGGACACUUUGAGACAAGAGAAGAGUCAGAGACCUCAAUCUGAGGAGAUGUGCAGUCUGCACGGUGAAAAACUCAAGCUCUUCUGUCACCAUGAUCAACAGCUCAUCUGUGUGAUUUGUAGGGAUGCACAAAAACAUAAGAAACACAACUGCGCCCCCAUCAACGAAGCGGUAGCACCCUGUAGGGCUAAUCUGAAGCUUAAGGUGUUGCAUUUGAAAACCAAACUGGGGUUAUUUAAAGCACAAAAACUCACCUGUGAUAAAAUGGCCAGCCACAUUAAGCUCCAGGCUCAGCAGACGGAGAAGACAAUCAAAGAGGAGUUCCAGAAGCUUUACAAGUUCCUGCGAGCAGAGGAGGCUGCGAGGAUUGACGCGGUGAGAAACGAGGCCAGGCUCAAGAGUGAAGCGAUGAACAUCCGGAUGGUUAAUUUGACUGCAGAGAUCUCCUCGCUCACAGACAAAAUCAAAACCUUAGAGAGGGAGAUGAAAGCUGAGGACUUCUCAUUUAUGCUGAAUGUCAAAUCCACUAUGGAGCGCUCUCAAUGCAACCUGCCAAACCCAAAGACUCCAUCAGAAGCCCUGAUUGAUGAGGCCAAACAUCUGGGGAACCUGCAGUUUACAGUCUGGAAGAAGAUGAAGAACAUAAUCCAAUACACUCCUGUGACUCUGGACCCCAACACUGGCUGCUCAGGGUUUACUAUAUCAGAACACAUGACACGUUCAACAAUAAGCGAUAAGAGUCAGACGCUUCCUGCAAACCCAGAAAGGCAAUACAAUAUGAUUCUUGGCUCUGAAGGCUUUAGCUCUGGAAAACACAGCUGGGACGUGGUGGUGGGGGGACCUUUUUGGGCUGUUGGUGUGGCUGCAAAAACGCCAAGUAAAGUACCAAAGACCCAUCCCAACAUCUGGGCCAUCUACAGGUGUAGUUGCACUGACAUUUUGCGUGAACUUACUCCAGAAAAUUAUGUGAAAGAAGUAGGCCUACCUAUACAUUCAUUUCCCCAAAAGGUCAGAGUGCAGCUGGAUUAUGACCAUGGAAUACUUUCAUUUUUUGACCUUGAUAGGAAAACACCUGUACACACGAUCAAACGCACUUUCAAAGAAAUGGUCUUUCCAUAUUUUCGUGAGAAUGCAAAAAUCCUGCCAGCUGAAUUGUCAGUGAGGAUUAGACCAUCCAAAUAAACAUCUCGCUGUACUACAGAGUGCCAACAACAAUUUAUAACUGUACAUGUUUCUAUAAACAGUUUAAAAUUAAAUUGGUCCUUUUAAAUAUUUACGGUAGUUUAUAUUUCUCAGAUUUCAAUAUAGUUGGGUAAAUCUUGGUCUGUCUUUCUAACCCUAAUGUUCACAACACAGCUAUCAAUGUGCAGAAUAUUGAAGUUUAACAUAUAACAUGUAAUCUUUUGACAUGUCAGUGACCAAUGCUGCAGGCUUUUCUUAUUCUCUUUUUGGUGUAGUCCACCUUAAAGGAGCAUUCCACCAAUUGUACACCUUAAGUUCGGUUUAAUUGUCAUGAGGAGUACUACAAAGUGUAUGGAAAACAGAUGUAUAAUGUAUCUGUGGUUCUAAAAGUGUUUUCUAAAGUUAGCAAAAAGAAUUCUGAUGUCAUUCAGGUUAUCUCAGCUUGUGCUUUACUUUAAUCUGCAUUAACAAACUGGAGGGGUGGGGUUUGAAAGACAUUUUGAAGCCACAACGGUUCUAAUAAAAAAUGCUUUUGAAUUGUACUAUUGGAAAUGUAGGAUCCAAUGUUUUUGUUGGUCAAACCCAUAAUAGGGACGUAUAAAUUCACGUUUAGAGUUGAAUCAUAUAAGAAUGUUUUGCUCUGUUUUCGUAUGUUCUCAUGAUGUCUUCCAGUUUUGGGAAGUUCUUCCAUUUCGGAACUAAGGGUCUAAGGUUUGAGGGUGUACAGGUUGUAUUUGUGAACCGGGGCUAUAUAAAUGAAAAUAACUUAACCUGUACUGUGCUUUAACAUCAGUCAAAACGUAUAUCAAGUUAAAUGUAUUAUUUCAUUUCUAGAUAUCUCUCUGGUUCAUGUCUGUAAAUUUCAAAUGUUUUGCAAUGAA